GAAGCUCAUGAAUUCAUGUGGUGCAGACGAGGGCCAUGUCAUUGAAUCAUCGUUGGUCGAAGAUGAAGGCGGGCGGAAUGCCAGGCUGGGCAGCGCGCCCAGCAUCGGAAGUGCGCAAGCAGUGUAUAAGAGCCUCGUACGUCAAUGUCGGACGGGAGAGAGGCAGGCGGCGAAGCAAGGAAGCAAAGACAGGGAAGCUCCCGAGGCGAGCUGAGGUGAAGUUUGCUUGAAGGAAUCAAAGCAAGCAAGCAAGCGACGAAGGAAUCGAAGGCUGGCUGGUAGAAUCGGAUCAGCAUUGCCGUCGGAACGAAGGAAAUGAACGCGUUGCAGGGAAUGAAUCCUCGGGGGCUGGGAGCGACGAGCGUCGUGGAGGCUGCGGGAGGAGUGCGGCAUGGACUUCAAAAGGGGGGCCCGAUCGCGCGCAGCGCCAUCUUGGGGAGCAGAGUGCAGGCCGAGUUCGAGGCGGAGGCGGGAGGUGCCAAAGUGUCGAGAGGAGCGUUCGUGAAGCAGGGCGUGCUGGUGUGCUGCGCGGCGAUGGCCGAGCAGACGCUGGAAUCGUCGGGAGCCGCGGCGCGCGCGAGCUCGUUGGAGGCGCUGGCAUUCAAACCCGAGGGGUACAAUUUCUGGCAAUGGCGGGGCCACAAGGUACACUACGUCGUUCAGGGCGAGGGCCGGCCCAUCGUGCUGAUCCAUGGAUUCGGCGCCUCCGUGUACCAUUGGAGGUACAAUAUCCCGGAAUUGGCCAAGAAUGGGUUCAAAGUGUUCGCGAUGGACUUGAUGGGGUUCGGGUGGACGGAGAAGGCUCUGGUGGACUACGAUACUCUCUUGUGGAGGGACCAGGUGGCGGAUUUCGUGCGCGAGGUGGUGCAGGAGCCUGCGGUGCUCGUGGGCAAUAGCAUCGGCGGCCUCACUGUGCUCCUGACUGCCUCAACGAAGCCGGACCUCGUGUCAGGAUUGGCCCUUCUGAACCCGUCGGGUCAGUUCGAGUCUGCAGAUUCGGGUUCGAAGCAGGCCGCGACGGUGGUCCCGGUGGAAGAAGAAUCUGCGCUCCAGCGACUGGUGACGAAUAUCAAAACCGCGUUCAGGCGGGGAGCGAUCGCUGUGACAUUUUGGCAGGCGAAGCAGCCCGCCAGGGUGAAAUCCGUGCUCAAGAGCGUCUACAAGGACCAAACGAAUGUCGACGAUUAUUUGAUAAAUUCGAUUUUAGAACCUGCGAGUGAUCCGAACGCCGGCGAGGUUUAUUACAGGUUGAUGUCGCAAAUGUUGCAGAAGCCCACCGUAGAUUUGUCUCUAAACACGCUUCUGACGCAGCUCGAGUGUCCACUUUUGCUGCUGUGGGGUGAUUUGGAUCCUUGGAUGACUGCCUCCAAGGCGGAUAAGAUGUUGGAGCUCUAUCCUUCUGCAACUUUGAAGCGUCUUCAAGCAGGCCAUUGCCCUCACGAUGAAGCUCCAGAGGCAGCCAACAAGGCCAUUGUGGAUUGGAUGCGCAGCGUAGAGCAACAGUCGUCGUCUGCGUAGGCCUCGUAAAAUAUUUCCAAUUUAUUUAGUGAAAUUCCUGUACAUGGGCCACCAAUUCAAGGCUUGUGGAUUAGGAAAAGCCUCAGUUUUAGAUUUGAAGAGGAGUAGGUUGUGUAUAUGUAACUGUGGAUAUCUUUAAGCCACUUCUGUAUAAAAGUUUCAACUUCCAAAUUGUCAUAUUCU